AAAGAAGUCAAAGUCAACAUUGAGCAUUGAGGUUAUGGUGGUCCCAGUCCAGUGUUUCUGUUUUGAACUUUUGGAGAGAAUCUCUCUGUAUGUCGUUUCUUCUGAAAGUAUUUGCAUAUAAAAAGGGUGAGGAAAUCGAAUUAGUCAGUACAAUUCAAUGAAUAAUAAUGGCAUCAAAUUAUAACUUUGCUGAAUUGAAUUUGAAUAACUGGAUUAUCAGACAAUGUGCCACAAUCGGUGUUAAAUCCCCGACACCCAUUCAGGUCAAUUGUAUUCCUGAGAUUCUUGAAGGAAAGGACUGUAUUGGAGCUGCCAAAACUGGCAGUGGUAAAACUUUAGCUUUUGCUUUACCUGUAAUUCAAAAACUAUGUGAGGAUCCAUAUGGCAUUUUUGCUUUGAUUUUGACACCCACCAGGGAAUUAGCUUACCAAAUUGCUGAUCAAUUUGCUGUGAUUGGUAAACCAAUGAAUCUGAGACACUGUGUGAUAGUUGGAGGAAUGGAUAUGGUGGAACAAGGCAUUCAAUUAUCAAAACACCCUCAUAUUGUAGUUGCAACUCCUGGCCGUUUGGCUGACCACUUAGACAGCUGUAAAACCUUUUCCUUAUCUCGUAUAAAAUUUCUGAUCCUAGAUGAAGCUGACAGACUUCUAGGGGGUCACUUUGAUGACCAGAUCAAAACCAUAUUCAAGAAUUUACCUAAGACACGCCAAAAUCUAUAUUUCUCUGCUACUCUAACUGAUACCUUGGAAAAACUGAAACAAUUAAGCAGUAAAGAUGUUUUUUACUAUCAGGCACCAAGUAUAUCUGAUGUGAUAACAGUUGAGCAGCUAGAACAGUUUUAUGUCCUUUGUCCAAAAGAUGUAAAAGAUGCAUAUCUUGUUGAAGUAAUAAGACAGUUCAGAAGUUCAAAUGAGCAUGGGAAUAUCAUGAUUUUUACAGAUUCUUGCAAGAAUUGUCAAAUAUUAUCGAUGACUCUGAAUGAAGUGGGUUUUGAGAAUGUAGCACUUCAUGCGAUGAUUCCUCAGCAGCAAAGAUUGGGAGCAUUAUCAAGGUUCAAGAGUAAUAUUGUAAAAAUGCUAAUUGCAACUGAUGUAGCCAGUAGAGGACUUGAUAUACCUACAGUUGCCCUAGUAAUCAACCAUGCAGUACCAAAAGUUCCUAAAGAGUAUGUCCAUAGGGUGGGGAGAACAGCAAGAGCUGGAAGGCUCGGAAAAGCUAUAACUUUGAUAACACCCUAUGAUAUUAAACAACUUCAAGCCAUAGAACAUCAUAUCAAAAUGAAGUUGAAAGAGUUCAAAAUAGAUGACAGUGAGGUUGGUAAAAUAUUCACUCAGGUGUCAGUUACAAAAAGUGAAGCUUAUCUGAGAUUAGAUGAAAAAGAUUUCUUCGAAAAGAUGAUGAUAAAUAAAAAGAAGAAAUGGAUUCUAGAAGGACUAGACCCUGAAGAGGAGGAAGAAAAGUUUUUGAAAAGGAAUAAAAGAAAAAAAAUGGACACACAAAAUUCUGACUCUAAGAUCUCCAAAAGAGUUUUAUGAAAGAAGAUGAAAUCAUCAGAAGAAAUGAAUGCUGGAA